AUGGCUACCAGAGGGAGCAGAUCGGAGAAGGUGAAGAGGAUUUUCCAGCAGUUCGACCUCAACAGCGACGGCGGGCUCAACAGGGAGGAAAUGGCUGCUCUGGUGGUGGCCGUCAACCCUCGGGUGAAAUUCAGCGAGGAGCAAAUCAAUGCCAUCCUCGACGAGGUGUUCCGGACGUACGGCGAGUUCAUCGACGGGGACAAAGGCUUGACUUACGAGGGGCUUUUGCGAACCUAUGACGACGGAGCCGGCGACGUCGACCGUGACUUCGACGCGCUGGAGCUGGAGCUCAAUUCGGACGAUAACAAUAACAACAACAAAGGGAUCUCGGAAGCGGCGGAGGCGUCUUCGUCGAUUGCCGACGAGGGAGUGAUGGAGGCCCAGAAGAAGCAGCGGACGGCGGCGUGGGCGGUCUCUCCUAACCACGGUAUUGUGUUCGACGAUACUUGGAAGAUAGUCGAUGAUUUGGAGAUUUUGAUCAAGAGGUUGAAAGCCAAGCAGGCUAAAGACGGGAAAUUGAAAGGGGAUAACGUUGAUACUUUCUCCGACGCCGGUUGGUCGAGGGAGUUGGGUCCCUCAUCCGAGAUCUCUGAUAAGAGGAUUAUCUGGGAAGAGUCCGGGCAUGAUUAUACAUCCUUCGUGAAGGAAUUGGCAGCUUUGAGGACUAGAGCUGAUGGGGCGAGAUCCAGAGAAGAAGCAUUUGAUGGGCAUAUGGCAAUUGGGAGGGUUUUAUAUGAGCAUCAGUUGUUCAAGGAAGCUUUAUUUAGUUUCAAAAGAGCUUGUGAGCUUCAGCCCGUGGAUGUGAGGCCGCAUUUCAGAACUGGGAAUUGUCUGUAUGUUCUUGGCAGAUAUAGAGAGGCCAAAGAGGAGUUCUUGCUGGCACUUGAGGCAGCUGAGGCAGGUGGGAAUCAGUGGACAUAUUUGCUACCUCAGAUUUAUGUUAAUCUUGGCAUUGCACUGGAAGGUGAAGGUAUGGUUCUAAGUGCUUGUGAAUAUUACAGAGAAGCUGCUAUUCUUUGUCCAACACAUUACAGAGCUUUGAAGUUAUUAGGUAGUGCCCUUUUUGGGGUGGGAGAAUACAGGGCAGCUGUUAAGGCCUUGGAAGAGGCGAUUUAUCUGAAACCAGACUAUGCAGAUGCUCAUUGUGAUUUAGCUUCUGCUCUGCAUGCCAUGGGAGAAGAUGAGAAGGCUAUAGAAGUGUUUCAGAAGGCAAUAGAUCUAAAACCUGGACAUGUAGAUGCUCUCUAUAAUCUCGGUGGGCUUUACAUGGACUUGGGUAGGUAUCAGAGAGCUUCUGAGAUGUAUACCAGGGUGCUGACUUUAUGGCCGAACCAUUGGCGAGCUCAGCUGAACAUGGCCGUUUCAUUAUUGGGUGCUGGAGAAUCUGAGGAAGCAAAGAAAACCCUUAAGCAGGCUCUGAAAAUGACCAAUAGAGUCGAGUUGCAUGAUGCAAUCUACCACUUGAAGCAGCUGCAGAAGAAGAAAGUCAAGCGCAAUGGAACUACCAAUGGUGAAAGUCCCUUUGUCACUGUGGAGCUCUCCAAGUUCAAAAUCUUGGGCGAGAAAACCACACAGAGACAGGAGCUGCGCAAUGCUCUUCAAAUCAGGGCCUUCCAGAGGAUCACUCGGUUGACUCGAUGUGAUGUGGAGCUUCUGAAGAAGGAAAUGAGUGAGAAUGAUGUGCCUGUCUCUUACUCUGGUGGUGGUGUACCCGAGAAGUCCAUACGGAAGCCUAACUUGGAAGAGAUUCUGAGGAAGUGGCUUAAUUUCCUGAAACCCGAGAUCUUCCAGGGAGCAGUGAAAGGAAUCAACGAGAGGAUACUUUCGGUUCUCGAUGAGUCGGGUUCAGGAAGGGUCGAUCUGGGUAUGUUCUUUGCUGUUCUUGCACCCCUGUGCAGUGGUAGCCCCGAAAAGAGAAAACGGGUUGCCUUCGAUGCUCUAUAUUGGCGACCUGUGAAUGAAGGAGGUUUUCAGAUCAAGAGGGUUGAUGCUGUAGGGUACAUCAAGCUGCUAAGAGCUAUAUACCUUCCGUCUCAAGGGAUCAGUGAAAUCCUGGAGGUUCAUGGGGAAACCGAUUCCUCCAUUGUGUCGUUCAACGAGUUCCAAGUCAUGUUUGACGAUCGUGAUUGGGGAUUCGGUAUCCUUUCGACCCUAGUGAAGCUAGAAGCUGGGGAUAGGAAUCGGCAUGGUUCCCGUGUCUGCUCAGUUUGCCGGUACCCUAUCAUUGGUUCCCGGUUCAAGGAGAUGAAAUCGAGCUUCAACCUGUGUAGUCAGUGCUAUGGUGAGGGAAAAGUACCGUCUUCUUCAAGGCAGCUGGAGGAGUAUAAGUUCAAAGAGUAUGGAAGUGAAUCGGAUGCGAUGAAAGAUAAAUGCUUGUGCUUUCCAGUUCAUUCUAGUGAAGAGUAA